AAAUCGCUGAAAAAUCUGUCAACGAAAAAAAAUGUUAAUUGAGAAGUCUAACGAAUUUUGCGUUGUGCAAGUUUUAUUAUAAAUGUUUUUACUGAACUUUAAUAAAACUUAAAGCAUGAACAAAAACAAUUCUAAUGAAUGCAUACCGUGUCCGGCUGGUGAUCCGUGGAUUACGUGUAGAUCUAAGUCCCACCACAGGCGAAUAUAUUAUUAUAACACUAUUACCGGUGAAGCAAUAUGGAAUUUAACCGAUUUUGAGAACGAUAAGUGUAAAAAGACAACAAAAGCAAUUGUUGAUACACAAGAUCAUACAGACAGUUAUCCAGAACCAAAGGAACCACCUCAAGACAUUUGCAGAAAAAUCUUUAUAUCUGAAGCUAAUGAACAAAUCAAAAACACAGAUUACACAAAUACAAUGUUUAAUGAGUGUGUCAUCAGUGAACCGUAUAUUGAGCAAAGUUUAUCCCAAACUAAUAAAGCUCAGAGAUGUGAUAACAUAAAUCCAACGAAUGAUUUCGUUCUUACUGUUCCAAUGGCAGCAACAUCAACUCCCAAUAGUUCACUCUCAUUGAUAAAACAGGCGCAAGUUAAAAUAGAACUAGAUCAUAACUAUAUUGAUGAGUUUAAAAAUAAUUUUGUACAUACAACUACACUGCCACUUAGUAAACGUUUUCAAAUUAUAAAAAAUGUCAAUAAUCCUUACCGCUUAAUUUUGCCGUACCAAGAGGAGAAGUCAACAGCUGUAGAAGUUUCAGGAAUUGAUACUUUUACUCAAGAAGAAAUUGAUCCUUUGCCUAGUAAAUACCAACAAUCAGUAGUUGCUAGAGAUUUGAGGCCAAUAAUUUCAUCGAAAAGGCAGUUAAAUGUAAUGAAUAUUGAGCAAGAAAUAGAUUGUAACAGUACCAAAGUAAAUAGCAGCACUGUUAAGACUUUAGACAUUAAUGAUUAUGAAGAACAUCAAACCGACAUUAUAAAUCAUAAACUGUUUACGAACACUGUUGACACAACUGAUGCAGAAAACAUGGAGGAUUGCAUAUAUAUAGUCCCAGAUGUAUAUAUAUUUUUUUGGCACAUAUAUUUUUUGAAAUUCUUGCUUAAGUUUGGUGAAACUUUCCAUUUUUUAAUACUAGAAAAUGUCGUAGAGGUCAUCCGAAGAACCAGUAAAAGCCCUGAUGUUACCAAAAGGAAGUGGGCACAAUUAGCAAUGAUUUUCAUAUACCAAAAUGUUAAAAGAGGCUUUGCUUCAAUUGUUAAAAAUCCAAUCAAUAAUGAUAACACUGUACAUUUUACGGUUUUUGAAUGCUGCCUUAAGCUUGUUGAAGAACAUGAGAAAAUUAUACUUUUGAGCAAUAAUGAACGUCUAAAAACGUAUGAAAAUGCAGAUAGAAUUUUAAUCUUAACCGCUAAUGAAUUGAAAGCAAUAGUUAAUACUUUGGGGGAUGCAAAUUUAAUUAGAAAUCAUUUAUUUCCAAAUGAAACAUCCCAGGACGUGUCUAUGCAACAUGUCUCAGAUGACCAAAAACCAAUUUUAUCAGACUGUGAUAUGAUCAAAGAAGAAAUACAAAAGCAAGAACCUACUAAAGUUAGUACGGGAGUUGAAACUUGCAAUUUUAUUGAAGAAAAAAAUACAGUUGAUGUCUAUGUUCAAACUGAUUUAGAUUCUGAAUUAAUUACUCGCAUAUUAAAUAUGGAAAGUGUUAAAACUAUUCUUGCUGAUUCUGUCAAAUUAAAAGAAAUGCUAAGGAAAGAAAAUUGUAAUUCAUUUUUAAAAAGUUGGGACAUUAAUUCACCAAAAUCGGAUACAAAAGGCAAUAAUGGAAGUCAAAGAAAUUUCAAAUGGCGUAGAAAACGACCUAGAAAUAUUGUUGAACAAAAAGAAGAAAACCAACAUUCUCUUACCAAUGAUACAAUGCUACAAAUACCUAAAAGAAUUGUAUGUUCUGAAGAAGAAAAACAGUUACGCAAUAAAUGUAAAUCUGUUGCCGAUGAUAAUGUACCACCAACAGACGGUUCUUCCACAUCUGGCAUUGUAUCUACUGCACCAAGUCCUAAUAAUGAAUAUGAGAAUUGUCUAAAUGUUCUCAUUACUACUAUUGAUAAAGAAAUUGAAAAAGAAACUAACAAUGUUAUGUUUGAAGUGACAAGUAAAGCUAUGAAUGAAAAUUUGAAAUCCCGUAGCGAUGAAUGGGUGUCGCGUUUUGUACAAAUAAUGGAAGAGGCACUGACACAAGUAUUACAGAAAAAUCCCUCUCAGUCCCCUAAUGUGUUAGCUCCACCAUGGACUCUGUUUGAAGCGACAACUUGUAUCAAAAUGAAAUAUCGUAAGGACCGUGAUAUAAUCGAUGCUGGAAAUAAAUUGACCAAUACUCUUACAAAGAUUAGUGAUAAAAAAGGAACAGUAAAUAUUCAACUCACUCCAAAACAGUACAUGGAAAUGUACAGUUAUGGUGUUUACUUAAUAGAUACCCUACAGGCUGCUUUGGAAGGUUGUGAAGAUUUACAAACGGCAUCUGAAUCAUUAUCGAAAUUAUUAAAUGAUAUUCAGCAUCCAAAUCUAUCAACUAGUCAAAAUGAUGCAUUUACCGACGUACAAGAUGAAAGUAUCCUAAAUAGCAAUAAUAAAACAAAUAAAGAAUCAAAAGAAAAGCCACUAGUAAGAAAUAAAAAAGAUUCACCGAUUCAUCAAAAAAAGAAAAAAGAUUUUUCUCCGGUACCUUCUCCAUCAAAGCGCACGUUGAGAUCGAAAUUUAAAAAUGAAAGUAAUAAAGUCGAAGAACGAGUGAACGAUGAUAAAAUUAUUGAGAAAGCUGAAAGUAUGACGUCAUUGGUAUCUACAUUGGACUUCAAGAAUUAUAAUGAUGAAUGUGAAAAUAAAAGUGUGACAUCUUAUAUAGACGAGCCUCACUCACCACUUUACGAUCCACCAACUUUACACGAAGUCAGAACAGUUAAAAAUACUUCAAAUGUAUCUCCAAUAAAUAAUGUAAUGUCAACAAACUCUAAUAAUGAUACAAAACAACCAAAAAUAAUUGUAAAUUUCAAUCAAUGUGCGGAUUACGAAGAAAAACUUACGAUACGAGCAUUAGAAUUGAAUGAUGAUGAUUUUGAAGAGUCUUAUUUAAAAUAUAACAACGAUAAUGAUUAUACAUCCGAUGAUGAAUACAAUCAUUAUGAAAGUGAUAAAGAAUGGCUGAAUGAUCGAAAAUAUUUCGCCUUUGAAAAUAUUUUUAAUAAUAUGUUACUGGAAAUUAGACAAACUUUUAUCAUUGUGUUUGCAUUUUGUAAGACGUGUCAAAAGGCUAUAAACAUAUCUGAUCCUGAUAGAAAAUUAUUAGAGGUCAAAGAAGUUUAUUCGAAAAUAACUAACAUUUGUAAUGUUCUGGACAGAAUUAUUAAGCGAGAUGACAAAUUAUUUGUGUCACACAUUGCUGACGUUUUAAAGGCAGAAGAUAUGAUGGAAGAUUUUAAAUUUGAUGAAGGCGAUUUAAAAAAAUACAAGGAAAUUAUUACAAAAUAUUUGGAGCAAGCCAAUUCUCUUCGCGAAUGUUUAGAAAAAAUACUCAAACAUAUGAAUUGAUACUAAAUUCGAACCGCAUUUAUGGAAAUGGAUUUUUAAAGUGGUGAAUUUAAUAUCGUUUUAUUUUAAAUUCCAUAACGGCCAGUGUAAUAAACCAAAGGAGUUCAGUUUAAAACAAUGUGAUAUGUUGCAUGCGAUGAAAGAUUGCAGAAAUAUUAUAAUUAAUUUUUUUAUCAUAAUGGAUGGAGGUAAAAGUCUAAAAAAUAUUAUUUCUAAUUUUAAAUUUAAACAUAAACAAUUUUUACAGCAACCAUCUCUAAUCAGAUUAAUCAUAAUCUAAUCAAAGAUUUAAGGAAAUACAGAUGACAAAUAUAA